AUGGGUUUGGAGGGAGAUCGUCUCGUGACCCCUCGCCAGGAGACCGCAAAAUCCCACCCAGCCUCAGUAAAUCGUAUAGAAAUUCCUAGAUUGCCUAUGCCCUGGAGUGCCAGGGGUCAGCAGAACUCAGCCACGGGAGCGGGUGUUCAACUCACAACUUUGCCGGCUUUAGGAACUGUAGGAGCGAGCACCGCCGCAAGCAAUUUGUAUUCUGGGGAUUUGGGAAAACAGAUGGCAGCCGCGGAAGUGAGCAACAAAAUAUCUUCUCGGGCUUUAUUGAACACGACAGCGCUCAGAACAGCGCGCAGCAUUUCUUGUAUGGAAGUGAUGAAUAACGAAAGCUCCCCCGAUUUGUCCUCGAAGGAGAUGGGCAGCAUUCAUGCGAUGCUUUUAGAUGCCUCCCCGCGACAGGGACGGAAAGAUUUUAAGGCCGCAGACGCGGGAGCCUCUGGAAAGGAAACAACACCCAUUUUAGUCAAGAGGUGCUCUGACUGUAGUCCCAGCACUCCUUUGGGAAUUAAUGGAUUGCGGAUUGAGGAAACGGGGGAACAAAACACCGUAACGCUAGAAGAAAUGUUGCGUGAGGCAUCGGAAGUGCAUGGCAUUAGUCUGAAGUGGAUACUUUAUGGUGUCAUGUUGGUGACUGUUCUAAUUUUCCUUAUGUUGCUUGGCGAAGUUCAUUUGUUUGUGAAAGAUAAUAUUAUUAUUCCAGAGGAGGAAUUAGUGGGAAUAUCAUCGGCGACAGCUAUGAAUCAACUGGAGUGGCUGCAGUACAGUGUGAAGAAUAUGUUACAUAAUUUUGAAUUGAUACAAGGUGACCCCCAUGAUACCUCCACAAAUUACACCCUUGGUAUUCUUUGUAGAAGCAUCGGUGGAGCUCCUUUGGUGUUUGCAAGGUAUGGUCCACUGGGUACACCGCUUCUGGAAUCGUAUGCGUGUCCUUCCGCAACCACCAAACCUGUUGUCCCUCCGACCUCUAUAGGUACCCAACAUAAACUGCCCACGGGCUUCCCACGCAUGGCGGUCUACCGUUCCGAUUUCAUUAUUGCUAUGAUGACUUUAAGAGCCGGAUCAGAAGUGCUUACAGUUAUUUUGCACAAAGAACCCGUGGGACGUCUUCUUCUUGCAAACUCUAUUCCAACCUACAGUUCGUUGGCAUUGAAACACAGUGCUACUUCUUUCUUUUUGCCGGAUUUUUCAUCAUUAAAAAUAGUCGUUGCUUUGCACAGCUUAGACGCAGAGUAUACGAGAUACGACGUUGCCCAACCAACCCCACUGGGUCAAGUCUUAAAAAAUGUCUUUAACAGUAUUUGUGCCGCUGGAAAAUUCCACACAUGGCAUACUGUGGUACGCCCUGACACGAACAAUUUACCCAUGAAGGAAAAUGAUAUGAAUGCCUCCCAUAAUGCGUUGCCUGGUGCGUACGUGGCGUACAGGGGAUUGUGGGGAAGUGUUUCACGCGUGGUUAUUUGUGGUGUUUUGUGUUCAGAACCAGAGAAAAACGAAUGUAGUUCUGACAAUCCCACUCGCGCUUGGUUUAUUGUUGAUGACGAGCCAUUGAGGCGAGAGACAGAAAUAGCGUUGACCGCAGUAUCGAUCGUCAGCAGCAUCGCUAUCUUUCUGGUUUUUGUCACGUUAGUGAUUGCGUAUCUGAGCAUUAGCGCCCCUGUGCAGCACUUGAAGUCACUCGUCUUCAACACUGUGGGUGACAAAUGGAAGAAAACGAAACAGCAGCAGUGGGUGUUUCAUCACACAAGAAAUUGUUGGCCAGGGGACCUGCAGGCGUUGGUGCGGUCAUUUCAGGUACUUUCCUUUUGCUUCCGAUUUAACAAGAAGUACGUCCCGCAACAUGUUCUUGAGCAACAGGUGGUUGCUUUGCGCAAAAGAAAAGAUUAUUUAUGGCGGACCAUCGUCGAGGAGAUUGAAUCGGAUGACGAUGAGGAAUACGAUGGAGAAGAAGAAGACAUGGUCCCCGGGGUGAAUGAUCGGAUGGACAUGGAAGCAUUUGUUAAGACCGUUGCUAUACCGGACGGGGUGGCCGCGAUGGGCAGAUUCAAUGGACCGGAGGGUAUGUUUCAACGUGAACUGAGUUGGUGUGGUUUGAUUUCUCCCGAUGUUGAAAUCCUCGAGACGAGUGGAAAUAAUUUUUUGGGACAUAGCAACAUUGACUUGGCCGGAGGCGGUAUGACUCUGGUGGAGGGGGCCACCGUUCUUGUUGUGCGUCUCUGUGCUGUGGAGUUGGCCUAUUUUACCAACUAUAGGGCCGCCCUGAAGCCGCACCGCCGGAUCAUGAAUUUACUCCUUGGACGAAUUCGCCGCUACCGUGGAGAGUUAUUUGAACGGUCCGGAGAUUGCAUUGCUGCCGCCUGGAAUGCCUUUGAGAGCCGCACGGAUCACGCCCAGCGAGCCGCUGCAUGUGCGUUAAGUAUAGCCAGAAUGUUGUCAUGCUAUCGCGAAGCUGGGUUUCGUGUGGGCAUCGUUCUUCAUCAGGGCCCAUUCGUCUGUGGUGUAGUGGAAGACAACAAGGAGGCCUUCACGACAGUCUUUGGAACCGUGCCCCGUCAAGCCAUUGCGCUCGCCGAAUUAGCAUCCUCCCUUCCAUAUUUCCGCGUUCUUGUGUCAGAGCCGGUGAAGCAAUCUUUGGCAUCCCUCUAUGAAUGUAUCAUGGUGGACGUAAUCAAAUACCAUGAGGAAGACAAUCCAAUUGUGAUGUUUGAACUUUAUGAGGAGCGGCGACCAGCAUUAGUAAAGGGGGCGCUGCUGUCAUCAUCAACAUUUGCGGAGGAACACGCACGGGUGUUCUUUGAUUUUAGAAACCAUGAUUUUGCACGUGCCAUGAUGGGUAUUGAACAAUUACGGCUUCGUUUUCCUGGAAUUGGGCGCCGGUUACUAACCCGCAUUGAGAUACUUUGCAAGUACUACAUGUAUCAUGAGAACGAAUUGCCGAUGCCGUACUUCCGCCCGUUUCCCAUCUGGCCAAACUUUGAGGCCAUUGCAAAUACGGAAUGUCCAUCGGAUAUUGGUGUCCAGAGCACCAAGGAGGAUUCCUUUUUAGAUCCCCCGCGGUACUUGAGACCCCCCAAGUCGAUAUAUGAAGACGAGGCCGUAAAUUUCCGCCAGGAGUUACAUGACAACGUGCUUGCCUCCAAACGAACACAGAACCAGUCUCCCACCUUGAAGGCCGCUAAUGUUGCGCCCUCGAAGGACGCGGAGGCAAAUAACGCUCAGUCGCCGCGUUCACUCACAAUGUUAAGCCAAACUCAGAAUAUGCAGCGGUCAACGCCGAGUUUAGAGCCCGAAACAGGAGAAGGUGACGACGCCGCGUCUAAGGAGCAUCAAUCCAAACCUCUUUUACGUGUGGCGGUGGUGUCACCGCAUGAAGAGCAUGCUGAGCAGUGUGUAGAGGCCGACAAGAAGAGGUGCAGCGGUGCGUCUGCUGGAAAAGAGGAAGUGAAUCGGGAGGAGUUUGCGCCUUCCAUCCGUGAGCCUACCGUCAACGCUUCUGCCACAGCCGCCGCAUCUGCAGCUGGGAGUGACGAGAAGGGCGAUCCCGGCGACGAGGAAAAUGAUGGAGCUGGGCGUCAACGUUUUUCCCUUACCAACAGAAUGGGGCCGGCGUUCCCGGAUUGCCGCAGCUGCAGCUUUUUUUGUGGUACGGACUCGCUUGACUCCAUUAACAGCGAAACGAUGGUAACUGCCCCAACAUUUUCCCUCUGCAACAUUGACGGAUCCCUCACAAAAGUUGCUUCCGAAAUUCCCACGGAAAUUGUUGCCAAGAACGGCAUCACAUACCAGCGUAGCUCCCGUAUCCUCGGUAAGGGCUCCUUUGGUUGCGUCUAUCUUGGCAUGGAUAUUCUCAGCGGCCGCAUGGUCGCUAUUAAGUUUCUUCCACUUCCCUCCGAGGAAGAGGAGAUCGCCAACGUGGAAAGAGAAGUGGUGACAAUGCAAAAGGUCAAAAGUAAUCAAGUAGUAGAAUUUAUUUCAUAUGCCUUUAAAAGCAAUCUUAUCAUUAUCGUUAUGGAAUGUAUGAUGGCAGGUUCCCUUCAGGGAAUGAUUUCUGCCUUUGGUAGCAUCCCUGGUACAACAGCCCGCCUCUUUAUUCGGGAUGUGUUGCGUGGUCUUCAUAAGCUGCACUCACUGGGCGUCAUACACCGUGAUGUUAAGCCGCAAAAUGUUCUUCUCACGCUUGCUGGAAACUGUAAGAUAUCGGACUUUGGAGCCUCGGCCUUUUUGCAGGAGCUUGUCCGCCGGCGAAUGGAAGGGAAAGGACUUCAGAUACAGGGAACACCUGUUUACUUGGCACCGGAAUCUGCGAGAGGUACGCCAGAGGAGAAGAGCGACAUCUGGAGCUGCGGCAUCAUGUUUAUCCAGCUGGUGACAGGCAAGUUACCGUACGCGAAGCCAUUCCUAGAGAUGUCACCGCAGAUUCUUGUCUAUCAGAUUGGCAGUGGCGCGGCGAAGCCCAUCAUCCCCGAAUCCCUGGACGAGUUCGAUGCCGAGUUUGUCUGCAAUUGUCUAAAGGACGACCCGAAUGAACGCCUUUCAGCGCAGCGACUGCUGGAGCUCCCGUUGUUUGCGUUGUAG